AUGCAGGCAAUGAGCAGUGACAGCCCUAAUUUCUUCAUGGAGACCUCCCCGCCUGAAGGCGGAAAUCAUGCUGUCCACUCUCCCUCUGAAGGAAGUUCUGAAGUGGAUACUUCGUCUUUCGAUGCCAGUAUGCGGCAUUUCGUCUACUCCGAUUUGCCAAUUAAUGCGCCAACACCCGCCGUUCCUGCACCCUCUACUAUGCCCAUGCGUUUAAAACCGGGUAACAAGAAGUCGUUUGUGUGGAACUACUUCCGCCAUCCGGAGGGUGAAUCUGGGAUGGUGGACAGAACACGAACUCAAUGUCUUCUCUGCAAAAGUCAAUUGGCUUUUAAUGCUUCUGGCACAACUACUACAAUGCUCAACCACUUGAAGAGUCGACAUGGUGAGAUAGCUCAACGAGAGGAAUCACAGAGGGUUCGAAGUAACACCUCGAAUAGAAGAAAAGACACAGCAACAUCUCGUGUUGCUUCUGGUGCAUCCUACUCACCUCUACGUGCGCAACAGCAAUCAUCGCAGUCGUCAUUACCACCACCACCGUCACAAGUCCAACCCUCCAGAAUGAGAAACAGCAAUGGCUGCUCUGACUUCCCACAAAUUUCGGAGGACCUCCGGAAAUUUGCUCAUUUAAAAGAGGAAGCAAAGCAGACGAGUCGAAAGGUGGGUCUGCUUCAACCCUUUUUGGCGUUGAGUGGACUGGAUACCGGAGGCAGACAUGGCAGUCCUCAAGUAGUGGGCUCUCCCGAAUCAAUUGCAACGGCGGCGGAGGCUGCCGCAGCGGCUGCAGCUGCCGCUGCAGCAUCUAGCGGCCUUCUACCCCCUUCUGUAUCUCUCGGGGGCUUGCCACAACUCCCUGCGGUUACUUCUUCACCGCUUAUUCCACCUCUAUUUCCCAUUCCACCCCCACUGGAGUCGGCACCUUUGAUGCCGCAGUUGACAGGGUUUCUGCCUCCCAACUUUCCUGCCUUCGUCCCUCCCAAUUCGUCUGCUUCCUCCUGCUCCACCGACACUGAUGAUGCGAUGGAAAGACUUCAGUCAACACCGCAGCUCAGUUCGGAUUCUGGCCCACUGGCAGUGGCACGAGCGUGGCUUUCCACUCUGGCCAACCUGCCUGGCCAGACCGCAACUAACGGUAGUUCUGAUGGAAUUCGAAUUUCCACCACCCCACCUAUUAACACCAGUGCCAAUGCCGCAAAUUCCACAAUUUCAGGAAACCUCGCAGCAAUAGAAGAGUUGUUGAAGAGUCUUCCAAGUAUGGCAGCACAACAGGCGGGUGCUGGAAGUAGUUCAAAGCCUCUGCUAAUGCCACCAUUGCCUCCAGAUUUGCUCUCUACCUUGGUACACAACAGCCCACUUGUGUUAAGCAUUCUCUCAAGAUCCCAGGCUCUUCUAGCCUCACAGGGCUGCAUCCCACCACCCCCUGCACCCCCCCCACCACCUCCACCACCACUUUCCACCUCGUCUGCAACGUUGACAACCGGUCCCUCGACGACAGCGUCAGCCUCUACUCCCUCAUUGCCGUCGUCCAAAGACAAGUCCUCCUCCAACAGUGUGGACUUGAUGAUAGGCACCGCAAAGCGUAAACGUACACGUCCAGUGUACAUACCUCCACAAAUGUGGGCUGUGAAACGAUCUUCCAUUGAGGGCAGUCCAGGCGCUGCAGACAGUCCAGAGGACUUGAGUAUGCCUCGAGCAACGCGACAGCAACAACAUGAGUUGUCAACCGGAGCCUUGGAAACACGUCUUGCCUACUUCCUUGUUCGCGAAAUGCUCCCACCAGAAAUUCUUGAGAGGGAAGGCUUUCGACUGGUAUUUAACUCCUUGAACGAAGAAGAUAUUUCAACAAUGUCUACUGGCAAAGAUGAGCCUUCACAAGGUGGCAGAAGAGGUAACAAAUUUGCCAAAUAA